UCCGCAACUUAAUUAGAUAUGCAUACAAAAGAUCAAUUGUAAUGUUAUUUUAAUAUAUAAAGCUUUGAGGAUCGUUCGAGAUUUACUUCUCUUCAUCGACUCUCAAAUGAACAUGUGGGUUCUCAUUGCAACCGCUUUUGCCAUCGCUUCUACAGCUCUAGGAAAGGACGACAUUUGCGACAAGGGCAUUUGGGAAGUAUGUGAUUCUGGUGUACCUUUCGAGAUCCCAAACAACGAGAAAGAAUUAGACGAGCAAUGCCCUAUUUUAUUGGACGGGGCUAACUGCAAGAAGGAACAUGCAAUGAAAUGCGAAUCAGACGAGCUUGGAGAGAUUACUCUAAUUAUUGACGCUCUGCAAGAUAUCUGCCGCAAAGGCUCCAGCCUUAAUGAAGUUAUUGGGCCCAAUAUAGGAUGCAUCAAAGAAAACGUAAUCAAAGAGUGUUACGAAAAAACCAGGACAGUGAAUAAUGCCUACAGAGAACACCUGAAUCUUACGGGUCAAGAAUUUUCCGAUGAGGACUGGAAGAAAUUUUUGUGCAUGAGCUUCGCUUAUGAUGUUGUUUGUGCCGUUGAAGCUGUUUUCGUACCAUGUGGCAGUGCAGUCAAGCAUGCCGUUCUAGAAAUUAACCGUCGUAUUGACUAUAUGGAAAAGAAGACUAUGUGUCCAAGAAGCUUGAGACAAGAAAUUGUUAAAGAUAUCCCAAUCAUGGAAAUCAGCGAUGUGGAAAAGCUGUUACUCGAAGAAUUCCUCUUGGAAAACUGAAUGAGAAAAUGGAUGAGACGCAUACCGGAAGAAACUCAUUUUAAGUACAUUGAUUAAUGUUUGAUAAUAUGAAAGUACAGAAUUAAAUGCAAUGAAUAUAUUUUUCAA